CGCCUGGUGCUCCAGGUGCAGUUCCCAUGAGCCUGGGGGCCCGCGGUGGCCCAGGAGGAGUGGCCCGUCUCCAGUCUGCCCCUGCCGUGUCUCUGCGCCCUGUCCACGGGACGCCAGUGAGCCUCAGAACCCAGGGAAGCCACCCAGAUAUUCCUGGUAUGCUGCAAGUCUGAGUAGGACCUACUGGGAGGCUGGAGUGACCCCGACUGCCUCGCCCAGCCAGGUGUCAAGAUGCUGAGCCGGAAGCUCCCCAGGCUGUUCCACAUAGACCAGGUGCCACAGGUGUUCCACGAGCAGGGCAUCCUCUUUGGCUACCGACACCCACAGAGUUCCGCCACUGCCUGUAUCCUCAGCCUUUUCCAAAUGACCAAUGAGACCCUCAACAUCUGGACGCACCUGCUACCCUUCUGGUUCUUUGUGUGGAGGUUCGUGACUGCACUGUAUAUGACAGACAUCCAGAAUGACAGCUACUCAUGGCCUAUGCUCGUGUACAUGUGCACCAGCUGUGUGUAUCCCCUUGCAUCCAGCUGUGCACACACCUUCAGCUCUAUGUCCAAGAACGCCCGGCAUAUCUGCUACUUUCUGGACUAUGGUGCUGUCAACCUCUUCAGCCUGGGCUCAGCCAUUGCCUACUCCGCAUACACGUUCCCUGACGCACUGGUCUGCAGCACCUUCCAUGAAUGCUAUGUAGCCCUGGCUGUGCUGAAUACCAUUCUCAGCACUGGCCUCUCCUGCUAUUCCAGGUUUCUCGAACUCCAGAAGCCCCGGCUCUGCAAGCUGCUCCGGGUCCUCGCCUUCGCCUACCCCUACACUUGGGACUCACUCCCCAUCUUCUACAGGCUCUUCUUGUUCCCGGGGGAGAGUUCAAGAAACGACGCCAUCUUGUACCACCAGAAACACAUGGUCAUGACGCUCCUGGCCUCUUUCUUGUACUCUGCUCACCUGCCAGAGCGACUGGCUCCCGGACGCUUUGACUACAUCGGUCACAGUCAUCAGCUGUUUCACGUGUGCGUGAUCCUGGCCACACACUUGCAGAUGGAAGCCAUCCUUCUGGACAAGACUCUGAGGAAGGAGUGGCUCUUGGCAACCUCCAGACCCUUCUCUCUGCCUCAGAUAGCAGCGGCCUUGCUUCUUUGCGUCAUCUUCUGCCUCAGUAACAUUAUUUAUUUCUCAGCUGCUCUGUAUCGGACCCCUGAGCCUGAGUUACAUGAAAAGGAGACGUGAUUUCAGAACAUGCCAGGCUUCAGUGUUAAGUCAUUGGGGUGGUGUCGACUUAAAGUGGCCAAAAGGAUUUGUAGUGACUGAUGUCUUGACAUUUUUAAAUGGGUUUAUAUAAAAAAAAAAAAGUAUUUAA